AAUUUACUGCAGGAAGUUGAAUAUAAAAUAAAACAUGAGAACAGUUCUAGCUGCACUCACCUUCCUGGUUAGUGUAGAAGUUUGUUCAAGCUUGUCCUGCAGAAAUUUGAGAGGAGAAACUCCAUGGUACUUCAUGUUUAAACCUCCUCACUCUGAGAAACUUUUCUAUGCUGACAAAGAGAAACCAUACCUAAUUCAUCAUGAUGUUGAAAUAAGUUCUGACACGAAUCCCAUUAAACUGACCAUGGAGAGUGUCUAUAUACCUGGUUCAGAUCACUCUGUCAAUGGAACUUUGAACUACUUCAUGUUUAAUGAUGAAGUGCCUGGUGGGGGAAAAUCUUUCGAUCAUGGUCACACAAAAGGAACUGUUCUGUUUGAUGAAACAAGAAUUGUUUACCUGAUCCACAGUACACCUCACUUUCCUUACAAUGAUACAGCAGGAUAUGGUUUUCCACACACAGGCAUUUAUUAUGGGCAACAUUUCUUCUGUGUUACACUGCCGAUUAGUGAAUUAUCCAAAUUGCUCUAUCAAAUCAGGAUGAUGUGGCCUUUUGUUUACAACUUCAAGAUUAAAGAGGAUCUGUACGGGAAAUAUGAAAACCUCCAGCAAAUUAUCAAAGGAGAGCCUUUGCCUGCUAAUGGGAAUCCCCAUUCUAAAAUCGAAACUCUAUUCUUGACUGACAGUACAAUUUUAACUGCAUUCAACAAAAAUGGCUCAUUCGGAGCUGAUAUAUUUGAUGCUUUGAUAAGUCCACAUUUUGAUCCACCAAUGAGUCUUUACACUGAAACUUGGCAGAAUGGCGAAAGUAAGUUGCACUCCAACUGUACUGAUAAUUACUUUGUUAAGAAUAUCGUCUACAUGGCAUUUUAUGCUGAUCAAUUGGAUUAUAAAGAGACUCAAGACCACUCUAAGUGGGCCAUAUCUGCUGAUGAACAGUAUAAAUACUUGUGUUUUGGAGGUGUUAACAGAAUGAGCUCCCAAUUUAGGCGUGGUGGAGGGAUGUACUGCUUCUUCAAUGACAUUUUAUGGGAGUUUAUGAUUUCUGCUGUUGGGAUGACAGAGGACUGUCCUACAAAGCCGAUAUGUACUUAAGAAGCUGUUAAAAGUUUAACGUUCAUGUCAAUUAGGGAAAAGGUUAGCAUAUGACUGUAGUAAAUAAUGUCAGCUGUUAAAAGCAGUGAGGGAGUUACAGAUUAACAGGUACUCGGUAGUUUUCAGAUGCA